UACCAGCUGUAACCACAGAGCAAAGAAUCUUCAGAAAUUCCAGUGCAGGUAUUUUCUAGGCAAAGAAAGAAAGAAAGAAAGAAAGAAAGAAAGAAAGAAAGAAAGAAAGAACCAGGGCAACAGAUCAGAAUCAGAACCCAGCAAUUCCUGGAUUCAGCACCAUUUUUAGCACAUAAAGAACUGAAAUUCCCCCAUUUCAGGGCAACCAAAGGAGGUGAAAGCAAGGUCUGAAAGGAAUCCACUAUUUGCUGUCCUUCUCCAUCUUCCAAGUCCAUUUCAACAUGGAUGUUGGAUGUUACUUGCAUCGCAUCAGGUAUCAAGGUGCUGCUCAGCCUUCCUGGGAAACCUUGUGUCGCCUCCACCGCUGUCACCUCCUCUCUGUGCCCUUUGAAAGCCUCAGCAUCCAUUGUGGGGAACCCAUCACCCUAGAGUUGCCCGUCAUCUAUGACAAGGUUGUCCGAUGCCACCGAGGUGGCUUCUGCUUUGAGCUGAAUGGCCUAUUCUUGUGGCUACUGAAAGAAUUAGGAUUUGUUGCCAAGGGGGUGGCUGGGCGUGUCCGAAACCGCUUCACUGGGCGUUAUGGUCCUCCCUUGGACCACCUGGUGAUUUGGGUCCAUCUGGAUGAACGCCAACUCCUCUGUGAUGUUGGAUUUGGUGAAGGGUUCAUGGAACCAUUAGAGCUGCGACCAGAAGUGGAGCAAAUCCAAGAUAGUGGUAUUUUUCAGCUGGGCCUGACAGGGGACACUUGGGUUUUGGAGCACCGAGCACUGUCUGGAAGAGAGGGGAGACCCCUAUAUCAGUUCACCCUAGAAGAGAAGAAGCUGGAUGAUUUCACGGACAUGUGCCUCUAUCACCAGACAUCUCCCAGUUCCAUUUUCACAUGCAAAUCCUUCUGCUCCCUGCACAAAGAAGAUGGCGGGCGCCUGACCUACCUGGGUUGGCGUCUCAUUUCCACCAGAGGAGAGGAACGUACUGAGACUGUCCUGGAUUGCUCUGAGAUUCCAGCAGUACUCAUUGAGAAAUUUGGGAUCAAAUUAGAGAAGACCUUCAAGCCAAAGGAUGAUCAAAUUCUGCCCCCUCUUGAGGAAAAUGAUUGAUGCCAAAAUGCAGUUGUUAUUCUAUUUAGACUGUGAAAUAAUUUGAAACUGGUUGAGAUGAGAGCAUGGACACACUAAUUUUUUAAAAGGAAAUGCUUACCAUGGACACCCAGAAUUCCUGCUGGCCAUGUUGGCUAGAGAAUCCUGAGUACUGUAGUUCCCCAAAGUAACUUGUCCAAACUCUAUGCAAAGGGAUCUUGUAGCACCUUUGAACCUAACUGAAAGAGAAAAGUUGAGAGCAUGAGCUUUCGUAGACUUGAGUCU